AUGCUUGGUCGUCGAGCUAUUGGUGCCAUCAUCGGUAUUAUUUCAGCUUGUAGUCUUAUUCUUUUGCUUAUUGCUUGUUGUAUUGUCUACUAUCGUCGUUAUUUAAAACGAAAAGGUCAUAGCUAUGCCGUUACCAGUCAAGUAGAUGAUCAACAAAUAAAUCAACGCACUAGUAUACAACAACCACAGAUCGUCAAUCGAACGAUAAAUACUAUACCUUCGGAUUCUCCUCCACCAUAUUCCGAAGCUAUAAAAGGUUUACCCGAUAUAUAA